AUGAACAUGAACAUGAUGAGCACUAGCAGUGGUACAAUGAACGUGAUGAGUCUGAUGGAACGAGCGGCUGAGCUUAAUGAAGAUGGGGUAUAUGAACUAGCCGAUGGCGCGUUCCCUGAUGCCGUUCGUUCUUUCGAGAAUGCUGUGCGUCAAAUGAUGACAGUCUGUGAACAGACUACUCAUGCCCAUCACUUGCAGCAGCAACAACAACAGCAGCAGCAUGCAGUGGCGCCAGCACAAGUCUGUCCCGCUGCUUCUUCCACCAUGGACAGUAGUAGUAGUAGAUGUUCUACCAAACAGACUCCUACUUCUACUUCAGCUAUGGAUACUACUAUGGAGGAUACCCCUACUUCUACUUCUUCAAGCCCUGCUUCUACUAGCACUACUGGCUGUCUUCCUUCCGCUCGUUCUUCUGUGGAAGUUCCGUUUCUCCAAGACGAUCGAUUCUACAUUUACUCUUGUACGGUCACCUUUAAUCCUUCCACUUCUUCUUCCUCUACACUCACUGCUGCUACCACUAUGAUCCCUUCCAGUGCUGAGAUUGCCUUUUACUGUGCGACCAUUCUCUUCAACCUCGCACUCGCUCAUCACCAACAUGCGCAACGGUGUCCUAAGCAGAGUCAAGAACAAGCAGCGGCUCUUCGACAAGCCCUGGCGCUCUAUCAAGAAUCUGCCAAGGCGUUGCACACACUCCAACAGCGCUUGACGCCAGCUACCCUCUGUUGCUGUGCCGACGAUUUGCUGCUCAUGUCACUGGCAUUGUGCAACAAUCAGGCAUGUAUUCUUGCAGUGUUGCAAGACGAUGCUACCGCUUGUUUUCAGCAACUCUUUGUCCAGUCCACGACCGCCUUGCAAGAGCCCAACAAUUUCUCCAUGUUUGAACAAUCCCAAGUACAAGAGUUUCUUAGAAAUGCCAUGCUUUUUGGAACACUACAAGCGGGAGGAUUGCACGAUCAUGCCGCUGCUUGUGCAUAA